CCUCCUUAUUAUGAACAUUGGAAUUGUGGAAGUCGUGCCUAAAGUUUAAGUAAAGAUAUCAAAAUCUUUCAUCAAGAAACUUUGGUCCACAUAUAGUGUUUGUUCCAGAUCAUUACUUAGUGUUUCCUCAAAGAUAGAAAAUAUUUCUGUAGAUCCGAGUCAACUCAAGAAGCAUGGUGGAAAGAACAAAGUUAGAGCGCUUUGUGGAGUUUGGGAUGUUUAUCAGACACUAAAGACAACCAAAGCUUUGUAGUCUGAAAUUUUAACUUAAGAAAGUCGGUUGCUAAUUCAAAAACUAAAAAGGGGCUCAGGCUUUUCAAAUAUUUUCAAUAACGUCUAGCUUAAGACACUCUAUUUUGGAAUUUUGGCAACAGCAUGCUAAGGUACUUAGUUUUGCAAUAAAAUUUUUAAAUUAAUUGAACGGUCUGCUUGAAAAAUCAUUGUGAAUAAUUCAUAUUUCAAAAAUAAUAGUACCUUUAGUAUUUAAAUAAAGUCAUUUUUAGUUGACCAAGACUUUGAAGAAUAUUCGAAAUAUUGUUAAGGACCAAGGGCGGCUAAGUCUUGCCCAACAGCAAUCAGGAGGUGUCCAUCCUUGUUAUAUAGCAACCUUGGUUUACUUAUCAUUGAUGCUAUAAUCUUAGCAAUAUUGAGCUAUUUUGCAGCCUCUUUACGUUCAAUUUAGAGUUUCACAGCUCAUUUAAACUGCUAAACUUAUUGAGUCUCAAUAGAGGCUAUGAAGUUCAGAAAAAAUUGAGGAUUUCAGUAUCAUUAAGUCCGAAUUUUCAACACUGCGCGAUUGGAUACUUGCUCAAAUGAAAAUUUAAAGUAUGAAUCUUAAAAUGUGUUGAGAGUGUUUAUUUCAUCGAACUGUUUGAACUUAGAAAUACUCAAGAGUUAAGGGAAGCAUGACUCUGGUUGCCAAGAUUUUGGUAGAAAAAGAGGAUACAAUCUUAGUGAACACCUUGCUCCUACCACCUCCUGAAUUUAGAUAUUUGAGGUUUGGCAAAAUUUGAAUUUUAUUAAUAUUUUGUGGUAAUCAUUUAUAAAUGAAAAAUGAAUAACAUUUUUUCUUAAAUUAUUUCGUUUAAUAUCUUUAUUUAACUCUGAAUAGAAUUUAGGAAUAGAAAUAACUGAUGUUUUUACACAUUUGGUUAAAAAAAAUAGCUACCUGGAAUAAAAAGGCUUCCCGCACAUUUUUCGAUCAAAAGCUGUUUUGCUGCAAUUGAGAUAGCUAUAUACAACUCCACUGCUGAUAAUUAAAAAAUUUAAUAAAUAUAAUCAUCUCAUCUCAUCCCAUCCGUAAGAAUUAAGGUUUAUAAAAACUGCUAGCUCUUGAAUGCCGAAGAAGUUUUAGAUAUUAUCAAAAAUGGCAUCGAAUCAAUUUAGUUUAUAUCAAGCCUUAAUCCUGCCACUUCAGGCUCAGCUUGUCAAACAAUGUUUUAUUUCCUGACUGCUUGAUCAUCAGUCUCUUAACUUUAAGUACUCCCAGAUCCAAAAUUCCAUAAUAUUUAGCUACUUCAGUCGAAAGUCUCUUACUCCAUGUAGUCAUAGGCUCUUGUUUGCUCUUGCAGGAUUAACUAGGCCAGUGCCUGCUCUAACUCGGGAGAAGCCGAACAGACCUGUAAUGGGCCAUAGCUAAACUCAGAAAUUAACGGCAGGGCUUAAAACAAGAGGCGAGAGAACAGAUUCUAUCUCUGCGCUUGAAGGUUUAGUAGUAGUGCUUUUUAAAGACAAGAUUGGGGCAAAAUUGAGAACUGGAAGCAGCUUUAGGAUAACUUGGGACAAAGAGAGGUACUCUCGAUUAUAGGCAAACAAGAGAGGAUAAAUUAGGAAUUAAAACAAA